UCACACUGUUUACACACAAACGUCAGGUUUGGAAAGGGAAAACAUCUGACAAUAAAAUCCAAAUUGUCCCGAUGACAAGUGUCGAGGAGAACCCGUUCGCCGCUCUGCUCCAGGAGGGCACCGAUACCGAUGGCGUAUCCCACAAACUGGUCGAGGAGGUGCUCCUUUUCACGCUGAACAAAGCGUCCCCAUUUGCAGGCUUGUGCCUUGCGGACGUCGUGGUGGACACCAGCGAGGCGGUGCUGGGCGAGGACCUGGUGGCCCACGCCCUCUUUGAGCGCCUUAUGCUGACCGAGACGGGCCAGUAUGCAGCGGGGAACGCCAGUUCCGAGGCGUUGGAACCGCGGGCCAUGUGCUAUCUGCGAGGAGCCUUUGCCCGAUGCGAGCGCAUCCAGGCCGAGCGAAAAACCGACUGCUCCAAGGUCCUUGCUCUGAUCCUAAAUAACGCCAGCACCUGCAUGCGUCAGCCGGACCUAUUUGCCCCCCAAUCCUUUGCCGCCCAGUGGCUGGAGAUGUUCGAGCAGGCCGACGAGCACGAUACCAGCACCCAGGAAUUCCUGGUCCGCGUCGCCUGCAAAGUGGUGGAGGAGGACGAGCCGAUUGAGGUCUUGGGCGCCCUCAAGGCAAUCUUCUACCCAUUGCUCACCGAGCUCCAGAAACUCAUUGCUAAGGAGAACCUGAUUUCGGUCAAGAAAAACAUCUUUUGGAUCCUCGGCUUCUUCGUGCGUGACAAGCGGGCAGCGGUGCUGGGCGAGCUGCUCAUCGACUUCACCACUCCCAAUCCCAAGGCUAAAGGUGGCGAUUAUAUGGACACUUUGCUAGGAAGUCUUCUGUGCAUCUCAAUUCUGCCCAAGACCCAGAAGGCCAAGUAUGAAUUUUUUCAAGAGCUAUCAUUAAACCAAACGGACUCUGCUCUGUGGGGACUUUUGUCCCAUCACCAGCAGUCGACUUUUCUGCUCGUCAAACAGCUGCUCGUCCUGUCGCCAGAAACUAAAAAGAAGACACUCCAAUGGAUAGCCAAUUGCCUGGAUGCAAAUGUAUCGCGUGGUCAUCUGUGGAGUAGCAUGAAUCUAAACCUGGACCAAACGGUCCACAGCACGGCCAGCGAUGCCUUUAUGACCAACUUGACUGCAGUCCUUACGCGUCUCUGUGCUCCUUUGUGCUUGCCCUCACUAAAGGUUCUCCUUGUGGACCCCACUUAUUGUGCAGUACCGGACAAGGACCGGCAGGCGAAGAGUGUGAGCCUUCUGAAAGCCCACGACGAGACUUGUCUGCUUCCCAGUGAAGAGGGCGAAGAACGCCUUACUGCCGAAAAGUACAAUUUCGUGACUGAGAUCUUCUACAUGACCCACAAAUGCUUCGAACUGGCCAACCGGCCUUGCAUCGAACGCCUAAGUCGCUUGAUGCGCGAACUGCAGAACACACAGACAGCCUACGGGGAGGUUCUGAACAGUGAUCCCAACAAUGAGCUUACCAAAAACCUGUUUCGCAUGAUGCUGGACCAGAUGCAGCAGGUACUGUGCAUCAGGAACACGCUCUCAGAACCCACCAAUGAUACGGCUAUGCUGAAGUUCUUCGAGGCCUCUGCCAUCUGGCUGACCGAAGUGGCCAUGCUACCCCGUGAAAUUUUUGAACAGUGUGUGGACAAGCGGGAUUUCUCCCCACAACUAUUUCGCAACCUGGAGCUGCUCUCAGACACACCGCCCUUUGUGGCUCCGUACAUGCAGUCCGUACCGGAAAGCAUUAUUGAUAACAUUUCGGCGUACUUGAACUUCUGCCGGCGACUGACAGGAGAUCAAUUCAUCGAUAUUUAUUUUUCCGCUCACGAUGCCUUCUUCAAGAUGAUAUUGCUAUUCAUGGGCAGCUCGGGGCUGGUUAAAAAUCCCCACCUACGAGCCAAACUUGCCGAGGCCCUGGAGUUUCUCCUGCCCACGCAGAUUCUGGGAAGCAAUCGUCAAACUUUCGUCACCAAUGUGUUUGACAACCAUUCGGAUCGGUUGAAGGUGGUCCGCAGUCUGCUUAACGUUUUUGUUAGCAUAGAGAUGACCGGGCAGUCAGUGCAGUUUGAGCAGAAGUUCAACUAUCGCCGGCCCAUGUAUGCUAUAAUGGAGUUUCUGUGGACAAAACCGGAGCACGUGCAGUGCUUCCGGGACCUGGCCAUCGAAGCAGAGCAAAACAUGGAGGCCAUAGAGCCGCCCAUUUUUCUGCGCUUCAUCAAUUUGCUUAUUAAUGAUGCCAUCUUUCUGUUGGACGAAUCGUUGUCUAAUCUGGAGCAGAUAAAGCAGUUGCAGCAAGCCCAGGAUAAUGGUGAAUGGAAUGCACUGUCUCAUAAUGAGCGCCAACAGCAGGUGACCAACCUCCAACACCUGGGCAUGCUAGCCCGUUUUGACAACAUUCUCGGAAGAGAUACUAUAAACAUCCUGAAGUUGCUAACCACGGAGAUAAGGAGCAUUUUCUGCCAUAACAGUAUGGUGGAUCGAAUCGCAGCCAUGCUGAACUACUUUUUGCUACAUUUAGUUGGACCCAGAAAGGAGCGCUUCAAAGUUAAGGACAAGAAGGAGUUCGACUUCGAUCCGGCACAGACGGUGCUGGAGAUUUCUCACAUCUACAUCAAUUUGAGCACUGAUGACAGCUUCUGUUUGGCAGUGUCACAAGAUGGACGCUCCUACAGUGAACAGCUGUUUGGCUACGCCGAGAACAUCCUUAUUCGGAUUGGAGGAGGCCAACUGAUCGGUGAUAUGUCCGAGUUUGCUGUGAAGGUGGCGCAAAUGGGAGCCCAGUAUAAGGAGGAGCAGGAGCUGCUGGCCGAUGCACCGGAAGAGUACCUGGAUCCGAUUAUCUCUUCGCUGAUGACAGACCCUGUGGUGCUGCCCAGCUCCAAGGUUACCGUUGAUCGUUCCACCAUUGCCCGGCAUCUGCUAAGCGAUCAGACCGAUCCCUUUAAUCGCGAGCCACUUACUAUGGAUAAGGUCAAGUCCAACGAGGCACUGAAGCUGGAGAUUGAGCAGUGGAUCGAGGGCAAGCGGGAGGCGGCCCGUUCCAAGAGUUGAGCCAGCAUCGAAACUGCAGCAGCAACUGCAUGUGCUGUUGCCCAACCAAAGAGUUAAUGGGAUAACGGAUCAGGCAUUAGUCAAUGUAUUUUUUUCAUAAGAAUUCCAGUCCAUACAUAGUGUUGCGUGUAUGUUAAUCCUUGUACAGUUAGUGGUUUUUGAAAUUUAUUUUUGCAUAAAUAAAUGUUUCUAUAUUCUCAACGA